AUGGAGAAACUGUGCCUCACUCUGUACUUUUCAGCGUGCAAGUUACGACAUUACAUGCUAUCCUUUACCACUUGCAUCAUCGCUCAAACCGACCUGGUCAAAUACAUGUUGUCUCGGCCUAUCUUUAGAGGCCGCAUUGGUAAAUGGGUAUUGGCUCUCUCAGAGUUUUCGCUCCAAUAUGUGCCACAGAAAGCUGUCAAAGGGCAGGCCAUCGCAGACUUUCUCGCACAUCAUCCUACGUUAGAGAUACACGCACUGAAGGAGUUAGAGAUUGCAUGCACCAACACAACUCGACCAGAUUUGGCGUGCAUCCCUGAGUACGCGGUUUGGUACCAAGCUACAGUCUCCCUGCAACCUUGGGUAUUAUUCUUUGAUGGCUCAAGAACGGACACACUGGCUGGCGCGGGGAUUGUUCUGGAAAACCCGGCUGGAGACCGCUUCUCUUAUUCGUUCCAGCUAACAUUCCAAUGUACUAAUAAUCAGGCUAAAUAUGAAGCUCUUAUCAUUGGACUCAAAGUCUUACUGGAAAUGGGCGUACGGGACGUUCAGAUUCGCGGCGAUUCUCAGCUCGUUAUAAACCAGCUCCAGGAAAAAUAUCGCUGUGCGAGUUGGUUGCUCAUGCCAUAUCUGAAUCGCGCCGUCGAGCUUCUGGACCAAUUUACCGAUGUCGAUCUGGAACAUAUACCACGCGAGCGUAACUUUACAGCUAAUGAGCUCGCUUAG